CCCUGGUGCAGUCAAGCAACACACAGAGAGACAGAAAAGAAAAUCUCAAAAAGAAAGAAACCAAAGCGUGAGAAUGGUAACUAUGACUCUUUCUUUGGCAACCCGAAUCUUUUGCUCGUCUUUCUCUUCCACAUAUCGCUUUGGUGCUCCUAAUUCUUGCACCCCAAGCCACCGUGCGGCCGAACUCAGUCCCAUCUCCGCCGUCAAAGCUCCCAAUAAAAUCAAGAAGAUUGGAUCCGAGAUCUCGUCUCUGACACUCAAAGAAUCUCGCAUCCUCGCCGACUACGUCCAAGACAAGUUCGGUGUUUCGAUACUCUUUUCGGCGACUGCUGCAGCGGCGGCUGUCUUCUCUCCUCCUCUCGAGGACGGUGAUGAUGUGACGGCUACUGUGGAGGAGCAGACCAAGUUCGAUAUGGUUAUCAAUGACGUAGCCAUCGGUCAUCGUAUUGCAGUGGUUAAAGCGAUUAGGGCUAUGACUUGCUUGCCGGUGAUGGAAGCCAAAGAGUUCAUUGAAGAUCUUCCGAAGACUUUCAAGGAAGGCGUGACUAAAGAUGAGGCAGAAGAAGCCAAGAGACAGCUCGAAGAAGCUGGCGCCACGGUAUCUAUUGUUUAA